AUGCCGUCUCCAAUCCUACUCCAAAACGCGACCGUUAUCGUGCCCAGCUCUAGAGCAGGCGAUGAUGCUGUUCCCUUGAGGGAACAUUCCAUCCUCAUCGAGGGCAACACAAUUACUCGCAUAGCUCCGCAUGCAGAUGUCCGAGCUCCCUCAGCCGAUACGGAAAUCAUUGAUUGUCGCGGCAAGAUUGUCUCACCGGGCUUCGUUGACACGCACCAUCAUCUCUGGCAAACGCAGUUGAAGGGCAGGCAUGCGGAUCAUUCGUUGGUCGAGUAUAUGACUUCUGGAAACAUGCAAUGCUCCAACUAUACGGCAGAUGACAUUUUCUGGGGCCAGCUUGGUGGUUGUCUUGCUUCCAUCGAUGCCGGCACAACCACUGUUGUCGACCACGCCCACAUGAGCUACUCACCAGCGCAUGUUGAAAACGCCUUAUCCGCAACAAUUUGCUCUGGUAUCCGCUCGGUUUUCGGUUUCACUCCCACCAUGAAAGUGAAAUCAUGGGAUCCGCCGUUUACGCUGGACCAGGACAUCUUGCCAGCUUGGGUGUUUGAAACUUUUGAUAAGCUGGCCCAAGGGGCCCCCUUUGGUGACGGCCGCGUCCAGCUUGGCUUUGCAUUGGACCUGUUCUUCCUUCCCAAGGAAAUGAUUCUCAAUAUAUUUGACCGAGUAACAAAGGCUGGUGUGAAAACUAUCACAGCACACUAUCUGCAUGGCCAGUAUGACUACCACGGCAUGUCCCUCGUCGACCUGCUUGACUCCUACAAUCUCCUGGGCCCAAACAUCAUCCUCUCCCACGCCACUGGUGCCACCCCCGCCACGGCGCAAAAGAUAUCCUCAGCCGGUGCCUUUGUCGCCACUGCCCCAGAGACAGAGUCACAAAUGGGCCAGGGGCUGCCCGUCUGCUUCCGCGACGACAUGAAAGACCAAUGCUCGUUAGGCGUCGACUGCCACUCCAACAAUUCCUCCGAUAUGAUCACGCAGAUGCGUCUUGGGUUGCAAUCUGCCCGCGCCAUCCGAAACGAAGCGCUGAUCCAGAAAAGCGAAACGCCUAUCGUGAAGAUCUCGGGGAGCGUUAGGGAUGUGUUCCGCCUCGCGACGAUACAGGGGGCCAAGGCGGUGCGUAUGCAUGACCAAAUUGGGAGUCUGGUCGAGGGGAAAAGAGCGGACAUUGUGGUUUUUGACGCGCUGAGCCCUGGUAUGGUUUGUGCGGCGGAACAUGAUCCCGUCGCGGCUAUUGUACUGCAUGCAUCGAUAGCGGAUAUUGAGACGGUGAUUGUCGAUGGGGUAAUUAGAAAGCGGGGUGGGAAGCUGGUCAAGGUAGAGGUCGAGGAGGGCAUUGCGGGGGUUAGUAAAAAGGAGGUUGUGUGGACGGAUGUGGCGGAGCAACUUGUUAGGAGUCGGAGGGAGAUUCAGGAAAGGAUUGAGAAGAUUGAUCUGGAUAAGGCACUUGAAGCGUUUCUUAAAAUGUUUUAA